GUGCAAACGGCGUUGCGUUAGGUCGAUACCGGGGCCGCGUCGCGUAAGCGCGUAAACGUGAAAAACACGGCGGCGAUGACGGAGCGGGUGCGCGCCGCGACGGUCUAGUGCGUUUCGGUGCCCACGUUUGCAAUCACUCAAGAUAAACGUGCCGAAACACUCGUCGGGUUCCGCGGACGGAGAAGAGGAGGCACAACUCGCGAUUCUCGCGGAGGAGUCACGAGGGUGCCGUGCAAAAGGUCAACCCCGGCAGCGCAGCGUGUGUAUGUGCAUACGUGUGGUGAUAUGCCGGCGCCCCACCCCCCGGAUACACGGUGCUCUUCGUCCUAAACUAACCCUCCGCCUCGCACCCCGAAGGUCGGACACGCCGUUGUCGUGCACUACUAUGUUCACCACGCAUUAACAGCGCAAAACACCGCCGUCAGCGAGCAUGUACGCGCUGCAGAUGCAAGCCGCCUGCCAAGGCGAGGGUACGGGUGAGCCCGACGAUCCCAGCAGCCUUCAUCAGGAACCAGCGCGACCUGCCACGCAGGAUUGCAGUUCCUUUGAUAUCGUCAGAGCCACACAGUAUGGGGCAUUGGAACGUGUGACAGAACUGGUAGAAGCUGGUGCUGAUGUGAAUCAGCCGGAUUCGGAGACUGUAACAUUGCUGCACUGGGCUGCUAUAAAUAAUCGUAAAGAUAUCGUUAAAUAUCUUAUUGCAAAGGGAGCUGUAGUCGAUGCUAUUGGCGGAGAAUUGGCCUCUACGCCUUUGCAUUGGGCUACAAGGCAGGGGCAUCUCUCCACAGUUGUGAUACUGAUGAGAGCAGGUGCUGAUCCGACCUUGAGGGACUCCGAAGGCUUCUCAUGCAUACACCUGGCGGCGCAGUUCGGUCACACGGCCAUCGUGGCGUAUCUAGUGGCGAAAGGCGUUAAUCCAAACAUGCCGGAUAAAAGCGCUAUGACGCCACUCAUGUGGAGCGCCUACAAAGUUAAUAGUCUUUCCUAUUACAGUCUAGAUCCAACGCGGCUGUUAUUGACUCUAGGUGCGUCGCACUCGCUCACCGACAACCUACACGGUAACACCGCCCUGCAUUGGGCCAUUAUAGCGAAGAACAACAUAGCGAUACACACUCUGGUGCAGCAUGGAGCCUCGUUGGACUUGCCCAAUUUCCAAAAUGAAACACCGAUGACAUUGCUGGGCCCGCAUAUCGGUGCCGCAUGGCUAGGUCCAAAAGUCACUUACGAAAUUAAGGAGAAGCAAGGUCGCACAAGAACAUGGUGUAGAGAUAAGAGAAUCCGUUGGUUUUGUAUGGUCGGUACGCCAUUUAUAGCGUUUUAUGUGAUUGGUAUGGUUCUACAGAGCGGAUGGGAUUAUUUACUAAAACUAGGUGCCUUCAUCACCCUUUAUGUAAUGGUGUAUCUAAUGAACCAUUUCGUGUUCGACGAACGGCUGUUUCACGUCUUACCAAUGUCGAUUUAUUUGGCAACCAAGAUGUGGAUAUAUUUCACGUGGAUAUUUUGGCUGGGUAUUCACGCAGCGUGGUAUUUAUGGUUGUUAUUGAUCGGUGGAUCGGUUCCUCUUUGGAUAUGUUUCCUGCAGUCUUGGCGGGGUGACCCCGGAGUUAUUACAGCUACUCACGAGGACAAAUUAAAUACGAUAAUUGAAUUGGCCGAAUCGGGAGGCUUUGAGCCACAAUGGUUCUGCAGUAGUUGUUUAGUCAGAAGACCCAUGAGAUCUAAGCAUUGUUCCACAUGUGAUCGUUGUAUAGCACGAUUCGAUCAUCACUGUCCAUGGGUCAACAAUUGCAUCGGUGCUCACAAUCACAAGUAUUUCCUUGGAUUUCUGGCAUCAUUGCUGGGGCUGUGCAUCGUUAUUUUAUCCGCUAGUGUACAGUAUUGGCAAUUCGAGUGUUGGUCAAACUUGACGAAUGGUCAUAGCGCUGACAACUACUUGAUAGCCGCGGCUACGUGCGACGCCUGGGUAAUGUGGGUAGCAACUAACACAUCUCUUCAUUCUUUCUGGGUCGGGACUCUGUUGGCGUGUCAAUGUUAUCAGAUCAUGGUCCUAGGAAUGACAACGAACGAACGAAUGAAUGCUGGUCGCUAUAAGCACUUCAAACAGGGGAACCCAUUCCAUCGCGGUGCUCUGCAGAACGCCGCCGAUUUUUGUAACUUCAGCUUCUGCGGAUUAAAGGCGAAACCCAGCUCGGAUUGGCUGCACAGCUUCGAUCUCAAGCAGAGCAUCGAGAAGUUGCCUCUGCUCGCGCAGAAAGACAAUUUUCAGUAUGUUUAAAGUUUUUGUAAGAAGCGGGACUAUGUUGCUAUCGCAGCCAAUGAGAAGCUAAUUGUA